AGUAGAAAUGUUCGUGCGGGCGUAAGGAACUUUAGAUAGCAUGCUAUCGCACACGAAUUGCAAGCAAUUAAACAAAGCUUAAAUCCUCUGUAUAAAUAAUUAGCUUCGCACUGUGUAUAGUUUAAAAUGGCGUCACCAACUACGCUUUGCAGAUGAAGACGCUGCUAGAAGUGACUGUCAUUGUUUUUUCCUGAAGAUCUAAAAUGGUGGACACUGCUGCAUAGUGCACGCAAACAUGACGUUGGUUUCAUAUGCCAGAAAACACAUUUUUCGCGCAAAUUGACAGCUUGCUUUUGUGACAGCUCUGUAGUCGUAUAUGUACGCGCUUCUAGAGCUAAGCAUGGAUGUGGACGGGGUGUCAAGAGCACACUGCAAAAAGACACUGACCCCCCCCUAACUGCAGUGGUGGGUGUUGGUAAGCCACUCUCACUCGCCAUGACUAUGCGAACCACUUUGUUUACAAGUGGAGGAAACAAGCUGGACACGGACAUCACAAACCAAAUAAAAAAACGUGUGACGUCUACUGAAUCCCAGACUGCCUCAAAAAAGGGAACCUGUGAGUCUUCUGUCAGAGUUCCUGCUGUUCUGAGCAGCAUUCACAAUAGUAGCAGACAGCAUCUCUACAGCAAAACAAAGACCCGCUCAAGCAGUCUGAGUGCAGUGGGCAGACUUGGUCAGUCUCCAGCAGUUAGAAAGGGACAAGAGGAGAACUGGGUGAACCUGGGGGCCUUGACACUUCCUCUGGCCAAGCAGAUGGGGGCCGAGGGUACCCCAGUCAAAAGCAAAUCACUGUUUGGACAGGCCAGUCACAACCAUAUGGGCAAGAUGGAUCUAGUGGCAUCAAACAGCAGUAAACAGCCCAGAAAGUCAGGACCGGUGGGGGGAGUGGCAAUGGCAGGAGUGCCCUCAACAGAACAAGGUCCUGAUGGAAAACGGUGGAAUGUGAUGAAGGGCACUGGCCACUCUGCCACACAAACUGGCUGCAUCCGACAGAUACUGCUGCUACAGCUAGAACUGAUUGAACAGCAACAGCAGCAACUGCAGAACAAGAACAAGGAAAUAGAUGACCUCAAGGCUGAAAAGGAGCUGCUGAUGGCACGCAUUGAGCGAAUGGAAAGACGGCUUCAGAUGGUGAAAAAAGAUGGAGUUGAGAGCCGGCCCACUCACACGCCUCGGCGCAGAGAGACUAUGGAACUACUUUCCUCAGAAGGCACAGUACACUCUGAGGGGCCAAGCCACACCCCCAGACACAUGCACUUUGGAAGGGGUGGCAAGGGCCUGAAAAGGAGGUUCCUAUUUCAAGAAUCCAGAAUGGCCAGGUCCAGGCGUGGGCAGCCUAGAACACCCUCUCCAAGGGAAAGCCAAGUUUUGAAGGAGGAGUCUCAGGAAGAGGUGUGUCCUGAAUUUAGGUCACAUGGUUCUCCUCUCGUCGAAUCAGAGGAGCUGCCUUACAUGACUACGACUGAGAUGUAUCUUUGCUGCUGGCACCAGCCACCACCAUCACCAUGGCGAGAUCCAUCUCCUGUGCAACAGGAUACAGUUGCUGUCCCCUCCUGGCGAGAGAGCAUUGUGGAACCUCUUGAGGAGAAAAGGGCAACAGACAUCCCUGAGAAUUUGGAAGACAGUGUCUUCUUGAAGCGGCAUUCAAAAUUGGAGUUGGAUGAGAAGAGAAGAAAAAGGUGGGAUAUUCAACGUAUUCGUGAGCAGCGGAUGUUCCAGCGCCUUCAACAAAGAAUGAACAAGCGGAAGGUGAUCCAGGAGAGUGAACCAGAGCUGCUCUCUUUCUACCCUGAAGCAGAAGAUGUGGAGUCUAUAAUGAUCACACCGUUCCUGCCAGUGGUGGCAUUUGGUAGACCGCUCCCUAACUUUAAACAACAGAAUUUUGAUAUACCAUGGUUAGACGAGCGCAGCCGCUACCGGCAAGAAGUGUCAAAAAAAAAGACGCCGCAUCGGACCUGCCGCAAGUGAAGCUCCUCCAGGAGCAACCAGGGGAGAGGGACAGAUGUGCUGCUCCUGUCUCUGCUUGCAUCAAGGAGAUUCUGCUUCAGCUCUGUCCUGUGGCAUGUCUUGUGUGCUGUAGGAUCGUCCCAGCAGUAUGCACUCCCCCAGCAUACCUUACUGCCUUGACUGCACUUUUGAUCUAUUAGUGGACUGCAGGGUCAUUUUGUUUCCCUCUAAAGCCCUUAUUUGGAACCCCUGAGGAAACUGUAUGGCAGUCCAGCUCCAAGGUGACUCAAAAGCAAGCUGUCUGAAGUUCAAGUUUAUGGUCGUUUCAACAGUGCAAAAUUAUAAUACUUGUGUUCUGGUCGCUUUUGCAUCAUCCUGUACAAGCUUUCAGAAGGGUAGUAUGGACCAAAAAUUGACAUGUCGAAGAUGGAAUGUCAGGCCUAAUCACAAUGGUGUUUUUUUUUUUGUUUGUUUUUGUUUUUUGCAUUUCUGUCCAUUGUGAAUGGGUGGUAUCUAAGAAAAGUGUAUCUUGUAACAUAGUGUCGAUUCAAGAGAAUAAAUGUAAAAUAUUCUAAAUGCAUCUAAAGGAAAUAUUUGAAGUAUUAAAAUAAGUUCAAAAUA